CGGAGAGACGGCCCGAUGGCGAUGAAGGAGAAGGCGAAUACCGGGGGCGGGGUCGGCGGCGGCGGCGGGGGGCGGGGCGUGGGGAGGGAGGGGCACUACAGGGGGGUGAGGAAGAGGCCGUGGGGGCGGUACGCGGCGGAGAUCAGGGACCCGGGCAAGAAGAGCCGGGUGUGGCUCGGCACCUUCGACACGGCGGAGGAGGCCGCCCGCGCCUACGACAACGCCGCCAGGGAGUUCCGCGGCUCCAAGGCCAAGACGAACUUCCCCCUCCCCUCGGAGCGCCCGGUCCUCCUCGUCGCAGGUGGCGGCGGCGCCGACAAGGGCGGGGCGGCCGCCAAGAAGGCCUGCAGCCGCAGCCCGAGCCAGAGCAGCACGGUCGAGUCGUCGGGCCACGACCCGGCUGCCCCGAUGGCCGACUCCUCGCCGCUGGAUCUCAACCUCGCCUACCACGGCGGCGGCGGCGGCGGCGGCGGUAGCGGGCUCCUGUUCCCGCGCCAGGCCGCGGCGCCCGCGCCGUACCAGCUCUUCUACUACGACGCGAUGGCGAGGGCGGGGGCGGAGGCGAUGAACAACCAGCUCUACCAGCGGCUGAUCUUCGACCGGCGCGCGGCCCCGGCCCCCGCCGCCGACGGGUCCCGGAGCGACUCCGACUCGUGCUCCGCCGUCGUGGACGCGAACGACCGCAGCCGGAAGCCCGCCCGGGCGCUGGAUCUCGAUCUCAACGAGCCGCCGCCGCCGGAGUCAGCCUGACGACGACGACGACGACGGGAUGUGUAGGGGCGGCGGCGCCGGGUUUUAUCGAGGGAACGAAAUCUCCGGCCCUCGAUCGUUCCGCUUUUUGUCGAUUUUAAUUUUAGAAGAAAUUAGACAAAAAGGCCAAAAAAAAAAUGAAGAAGAAGAAAAUUUAGGGAAAUUUAGAUCGGAGAAUGUUUCGAUCGAUCUGUUUGAUCUCCCGAUCGAUCUCGAUGUGAAUAACAACGUUUUUUUUUGCGGCGGAGGAGAAAAGCCGGCGACGGUUUUCGACUCUCGUCGUUGUUCGUAGCUUACAUUACAAUACCAAUGUGUUCAUCGC